AUGGUGUCUACGUACCAGAGGUUCACCCUCUCGUGGGCCCUGCUGUCAAGUCUGCUUAUAUGUUGUGAGCUUGUACGCGCUCAAUUGGACCCAGAAGACACUAAUGACAGGCCGAUAUCCUGGCGGUUCGAUUCUUCAUCCGUACGCCCUCCUCUAAAUCCCCGUAAUAUGGAGCAACGCGACGAAAUGCAGAGAGUAGGAGCUGUUGCCGACGAUGCCAAAAGAUACAUCGUUAUUGCAGAGGACGCAUUGAAGAUUGUUUUUCCUCAGUCGAGCACGAACAACUUUCACGUCACCAAACUGCUCUUCGACGCAAAUUAUGCCAAUAAUGCCGUAAAUGUGGGCCGAUGGGAAAACAUUAGAGCCAUGGUUAAAGCGAUUACCGAUGGCAAUAAUACAAUUCGAAAUGCUGGAUUUCAUCCUGCGCCAGUAAAGACUGUAAAGACUGGAGUUUUCCAAUCUGCCACCGUGAUGCAAGAUUUCGACGGCUAUCAAGAGUUGAUAUCUCAGAUCAACAUUAAUUACUUGCGCAAGUACCUCGACAAUUUGAUUAGUAGUUCAAAGCUCUACAUGCAACUGAAGAUGCUCAAAGCACUGCCUCCAUACUUGUUGAACGAAGUCGAACCUUUCAUGCUUAUCAGGAAACUGAGCACUGUAUACAGCAUUACAGGGGUUUAUAAUUAUACGGGGCUGAUUAGUGAGGCACUGAAGGCUUUUACUGACGCAGAAUCUCCGGAGUCCAAAGAAUAUAAGACUUGGAUUAACCACCAAAGGGCUCAAUUGAAGGAGCUGGCAGCAUUGCUAUUAACAUACGACGUGGAUAAGGCUGAAGAGGCAUGUUCCUCAUUGCAGUGUAUGGGCUACACCAACAGUGCCAACGUAGCUCUGUGGUACGAACUCUACUCGGCCAUCGAUGAGCAGACCGUGCUGAUGCGAUCCUCUGACGAGCUCAAAACAGCCAUUCAUCUGACUCUGGCGAGGCGCGGAAAUACAUAUUAUGAUUACUGCAACCUCAGCAAGAUUGCAUGUAUCCUGUCGAGUUUGCUCCCGCAGCGUGUUAUGACUCAGGAGGAGCGCCAUGAGUUCGAGGCGAACAUGAACCGCCUACGUGCGUCAAUGAUGGCCGCGGGCAUCAAAAUCGAUGCGUCAGCACCAACGGCAACGGAUGAAUCCAUAGUGGAUCACUUCGAUCCGACGACACCAAUCAACGCCAGCCGAACGGAACUGACGCUUUUCAUUGUUUACACCAAAAGUAUGAUGAGGGAUACAGUAAAGGCUCAAAAAUGGAUCCGCACUCACCUCUACAAUGUGGCCAAUGGGGAAAUUAUUCCACGUGAGUCGAGUGGUAAGGAUGAUUGGAGAACCGAAUUUGAUAGAUUACGCGGCACGUCUGAUAUAAUCCAGGAGAUGAUUGACGCUUCGAGGGUAUUGAACAAGGAAAGUGACGUAUACAUCGACAGAUAUCUUACAUCCUCGGCUAAUGGAUACAUUACGGAAUAUGGAGGCAAUUUGAUAUUAAAAAAGGCGCACCGUGUGAUGUCAAACACUUCGGCUGUGCGCGGGCUCAUGCUUGAUUUUUACGCACGCCUCAACCGUACAUUUGUGGCAAGGGAAGCGCAGAUGAAGCUUUACGCGUAUCCAUCGCUUUUGUACGAAGUCGCAAACCUUGUGUCCACUUCGUGUCGGGCUCUAAAUGCGUACCUGACUCCUUACAUGGAAUUGAUCGGAGCGGUGACUAUGGAUAUGGCCAAAGCGGAUGCAGCCUUGAGUUCUGCACCCCCUUCUGUGUCCUCAUCAGAUAGGUUUGAACAUAUGCGCGCAAGGUACCAGAGCCUCAAAGAUGACGUGCAGCUCGUUUUGAAUCAGUUCGGUGACCUGGGUGUGAAUGCGGAAAGAAUUCUUGGGCUGUUGCGGUUUGUGGACGGAAAUGCAGUGUCUGAGUCAGAGGAUAGCAGGGAGCAACUGUGGUACUCGUACUUUGAGCUGAGAGAAGACAUUCAUAAUGGAAUCCUGUUGGGUUCAGCUUUUGAAAGCAUCAGGUACAAAUGCGAGGAAAUAAGCAAAUUUGCAGAUGAGCUGGCGGCGCUCGUUGACGGGGAUGGAGGAAGUGGUGAGGCGUCGCGCCGAGCUACAGCAGUGCCAGGGGAGUCGACCGAAGACUCCGUUUCUGGUGAUGCCGCUAGUUCUGAUGAGAGCGCUGCAGAUGGGCCUGUGGAUGCUGCUUCGGUUGCAGGCGGUGAAGUUGUUGCUCCGACGGAAGCAGAACAUGGCGAUGCGGACGGAUCAUUGGCCGAGUCGGAUGGUAGAGAUGGAGCUGAUGAGGCGACGGGUAGCGUGCCUUCGGAGAGAGCGCAGGAAGCAGUCAGUGCGUCGACUAACGAUCAUGUAACUCCCGAGCCAACUUUUGGAAUGCCUUCUGAAGAGUCUUACACGACGCUGCCAGCUUAUGAGGAGGGUGUCUACGAGCCGGCUACCGGCGUGUUUAGGCUGUCGCGGGAGGAUGAGCGUACGCCAAUUGACGGUGACGUCAGCACGGGUACCACGGCGGCCGACAGAGCGACCGAGAGCACGACGGAGAAGAGCGCCGAAGAGUUGCCACGUGCGUUUGGGGGAGUGGAAGUGCCAAGUGGUGGAACGCCUGGCGGUGAAGUGCCUGCGAUGUGGGGUCAGAGUGAUGGAGAGACGCCGACCGAUUCCAGUGCGACCCGCGAGGUAACGAAAGCGUCUGACAGCGAGAUUCGCAAAAACGCUCCAACGGCGGAUCAGUCGAGUUCAGAAGACCCGAGUGGAACUGAAACUGCGGCAAUUGCUAGUGAAGUUGAGGUUGCUGGUGGAGCUGCGGUUGCUGGUGAAGUUGAGGUUGCUGGUGAAGCUGCAGUUGCUAGUGAAGCUACGGUUGCUGGUGAUGACUGGGCUGACGAUGAUGACAUUAGUCCUUCAACGCCGGAAGCGUCCGGGAGAGUGACGGGAGUUGAUGAGGUGCCGUCAGAGGUGAUUGUGCUGUCUGGUAGUGUGGAUGAGAGGGGCAACCUGCGCGAUAAGUUGAGUAGCGGCUUCGGUGCGGUUUGCGUCUGCGUGAAGGCGGUACUCUCUCUGUUUCUGUGGGCGGUGAUGUGGGUGUAG